UCUGUGUAUUAAAUUUGAAACCCCUUCCGGAAUUCCAAAUAAUAGUUAAAUCGUGUGAACCAAUUUCCGGGUUAGCAUCAUUAUCACUUUCCAAUUUAGACAGCCAACUGUAUACACAUAGUAGCUGUCAGUCUGGACACGCCAUGGUUGGCCUGUGGUUGCUUUGGUGGCUCUGCCAGUUGACUUUCGCUUCCUCCAGCAAAUCCCGCAUAGUGGGAGGCCAGGAGACGACCAUAUCCCAGGUUCCAUAUCUGGUUUACCUGCGACAGAAUGGCUUCUUCAUCUGCGGUGGCUCCUUAAUCUCCACGAGUGUUGUGCUCAGUGCAGCACAUUGUGUCUAUGGAUCCCAGCCAGAGGAUUACAUGGUCCAUGCCGGCGCCAGUCGGUUGGAUGAAGCUGCUCCCGUGAUUCGCCGGGUGGAAAUGUUCCAUGUUUCACCCACCUACUCCUCCACCAACUUUGACAUGGAUGUGGCUUUGCUGCAACUGCAGGAGCCUGCAUUUCUGAUUCCCGGUAAAGUGGCCAUCAUUACUCCUUGUCGAAAUCCACCGGAGGGUAACGCCUAUGCCAGGAUCAGUGGUUGGGGAGUGACGCGCGAGAACAAUCGAGAUCCUGCCGAACAAGUCCGUACGGCCAUGGUGAGAGUGCUUCCUGGUGCAGAAUGCCAAUUAUCUUAUGCAAUCACUGCCCAACUAACCGACUCCAUGAUCUGUGCCGCUGUGCGUGGUGUCCGGGAUUCCUGCUCCGGCGAUUCAGGAGGUCCCUUGGUCUAUCGCGGUCAAGUUUGCGGCAUUGUCUCCUGGGGAUUUGGCUGUGGGAGAGCUGCAUUUCCAGGUGUUUACACCAAUGUGGCUAGCGAAAGGGUUUACUCUUUUAUAGAGCAAACACUGCGCAGGAUUAGGAAUUAGAUCUUUUGAGAAAUGUAAACUAAUUUCCUCUCCUCUCAUCCUAUUUUGAUCCAACUCUUUUCUUGCUAUU